GCCCACAAGCCCAUUCAAAAAUGAUCCAUCCAUCCAAUCCUAUUAUCAACUAUGGUUGAAGAUUAUGGAGAAAGAGUAACGACUGAACCAUCAAUGGGAGGAGGAAACAUCAUGCAUACCAACUUGUCUUCUUCUUCUUCUUCUUCUUCUUCAACUGUUCUUCCCAAUCUUAAGCCUUCAGUUUCAACUAUAAAUACCUUAUCCUGCACCCUCUGUCACUGUCACAAUCAACUUUCCUCAAAACAACAAGUUCCUUCUCAAGGGGAAGUUGAAGAUGCAGUCUCAGCUCUUCAACAAUUUAUACAAGCGUUUCAGCAGAUCUCAGGAUCAUAUGAUUCGAGGACAGUUAUAUCUCAUGGAUAUAAAAGACUAUAUGAUGCUUUUCAAUUGCUGCAAUCUGAUCCUGCUGUGAAGAGAUUAGUAGUAUCAUUAUCAUCUGAUAAAGCUCUUUGGGAUGCUUUCAUGAGCAAUGUACUGCAUCAAAAGCUGCUAGAGUUGCCUGAUUCAGUUGAGUGUAGAAGGCCAGAGAUUUCUGAACUAAAUGAAUUCGGCACACAAAUACUCAGCUGGACAUUGGAUGUCAUAAAGAGAAAGAUAUUGGAACUGAUUGAAAGUUUCCAGUUACUCUUGAAUGAUUUAUUUCAAUCCCAUAAGAUGGAAAAUGAUGCAGCAUAUGCAUCAAAGAUGGAUGAAAAAGUCAGAUCAUCAUUCCUUCUCUCCAUAGUAAUCCUCUUAAUUGUAAUUGUGGCUCGAUCUCAAAGGUAAUGGAUAUGGAAAAACUAAACCACUUCAUUGUAGAUUUCAAAUAAUAAAGGAUUCAUGUGCAAACUUUUAGCCAUCUGUGUAAUUUUUUUUUGUACUAUAAGAAGGCUAUGUUAGUUCUUUCAUCUAUGCAAAAUUAUCACUUGGAAAUUUUUA